AUGACUGGUUUCAUUUCGACGCGUGCGGGUGUAUCUUCGACUUGGAGAGAGCCUGGAAGAUGGCAGACGAUACGCAGUAGUCGUAGUGGCGGCAGGUGUUACUUCAGGUGCCGUCGUCAGUUCCAUCUCUGGGCGCGCCGCGACGCCAAGGCUCCCGGCAAGUCCGCAGCACGCGAGCCGGUGAGUAACAGUACGGGGGAAGCGAAUGCGCUCAAGCCUCCUGUGCCCUAUGGGUCAAUGCUGGAGAGGGAACGAAAGGAGCGGCCUGGAAGUGCUGGUAUUCUCGGUCUCCGGAACUUUGUGAGAGAGUCGCGAGCAAUCGCACUUGAUUUGUACGAUAAACUGCGGGGCAUUGAUGAGAGUCGACGGCUGCCGGGCGCUCUGGCGCUGACACUGGAUGAUGCGGCCGUCAAUGAACGAGAAAAACGUCGAGAUGAGCUUACCGGGUAUCUCUCGAACGCGCCGUGGAUCUCCCGCGUGCCCUACGAGAUCGCGUGCCGUUUCCUGGACUGGGCCUUUACGGAUCGUCCUAUCGCGCGUUUCUGGUUCCUCGAGACCGUCGCGCGAAUGCCGUACUUCUCGUAUCUGUCAGUUCUUCAUCUUUACGAGACCUUCAACUGGUUGCACCUUGCGGAACUCCGACGAACGCACUUCGCCGAGGAGUGGAACGAACUGCACCAUCUGCUCAUUAUGAGCGCACUCGGCGGCGAUGCCAAGUGGUCGGAUCGUUUUCUCGCAUACCAUCUGUCGAUCAUCUAUUAUUGGCUACUCGUCGUUAUGUACAUCGUAUCCCCGCGUCUGUCGUACAAUUUUAGCGAGCUGCUGGAGAAGCAUGCCGUGGACACAUAUGAGCAGUUUCUCACAGAAAAUGAGCAUCGUUUGAAAGCACUUCCAGCACCCGCGAUUGCCGUUCGCUACUACGCGAAUGAGGUGGCUUACACAUUCCAGGCUUUUGGUGAUGAGAAUGGAUCUGCAGUGGAGACCAGUCGGCCUCCUGUGCAGACGCUGUAUGAUGCGUUCCUGAACAUUCGUCUGGAUGAGGAGGAACACGUUCGGACAAUGGAAGCGUGCCAGAACUACGAUCUGGUUGAACGUUUGACUUCAUCGCCGUAUCUACGUGAACAGAGCCCGGAAGAUGGCGUUCCCGCACAUGCGGACAAGCACGCAGAGGAGUCGUCAGCCGACCAGACGGGCAGCCGCGCCGCCUGGAACCGCUGGGCUGACGCUGUCAACCAGGCCGGGCGUCGACCCGGACCUGACACGCGCUCUGAAGACGCAGACCAAAAGCCUUGA